GUCUCAAUUAAACUUGUUCAAAGUUCAAACUUUAAAUUCUUUGCUUCAUUAAGUUGUCUGCUGUUCUAAUUACGCCGUAAAUCAUGGCACUUAAGGUUUACGGACAUGUAAUCACCCCUGCCGUACAACGUGUGAUGGUUUACCUGGCCGAGAAAGAGCUAGAAUACAAGUAUAUUCCGGUUAACAUUUUCGCCGGCGACCACAAGAAACAGCCCUACCUCUCUCUUAACCCAUUUGGUUUGGUCCCAGCAUUCAAAGAUGGUGACGUGACACUGUUCGAAUCAAGAGCGAUAAUAAGGUACAUCGAAGAAACUUACAAAGGAAAAACUCACCUAACGUUGGACGAUCCAAAGAAGAUGGGUGCGGUGUACACGUGGAUGGAAACGGAAGCUCUACAUUUCGAUCCGGCAGCCAUGAAGCUGGUGUUUCAGCUAUGUACGACGCAGGUUUUGGGCAUACCGAUGAACGAAGCCUUGGUGGCGGAGAAUCAAGGAAAGCUGAAUUCAGUUCUUGAUGUGUACGAGGAUCGGUUGUCUAAGUCGAGGUACUUGGGCGCGGAUUCUUUUACCAUGGCGGAUCUUUUCCAUCUACCCGGCAUUAACUCUUUGAUGAGCACAAAACUCAGGCCAAUGUUUGAAGAUCGUCCCCAUGUUAAUGCCUGGGUUAAUGAUAUCCUGGCCAGGCCAUCCUGGGCUGAGAUUAUCGCCCUCAAGAAAUCACAAUCCUAAUUCCUAAAUUUCAAUAGCUCCUUUGAGGUUGGAUUGAGAGUUUUGUUGGUGUGGUAGUACUGGUGUUUUUUAUUUUUUCAGUUUUAUACAUUAUUGUUUACUUUAGGUCAGAUAGGUUGCAAAUACAUAUGUAAGAGAUA